GACGCCAAUGCGUGCCCCAUCGAGUAUGGCAGCGCAGAGGUUCAUUAGUGGAGCUAUCCAUAACUCAGUCGUAUAAGGUUCACCAUCCAUCAAAGAUCAAUCCCGUAUAAAGGGCAACAGACCGUACCGUGCUUUCAUGGCUUGCUCAGCUCUACACCCACUCAAGUCUCAACUCCAUUCUCAUCCCAAUAAUAGUCUCUAUCACAACUAUCAUCGCCAAAAUGAAGUUCCAAGUCCUUCCUUUCGUUGCCCUCCUUGCAGCUCAAGCCUACGCGGCGUGUGGCCCUGACGAGAUCGAGCUUUUCGACCUUCAGGUUACCACUGGCACAAGCCAAUGUUCCACCUUUGGCUGUUUCACAUCUUGCACUUUCCCCGACGGCAGCGGUUCAUGCAACGGCUGCACUCUAUCGGUCUCUAACGAUCAUAUCCGCCCUCUUGGUGGUAGCUACUGCUGCAAAAGACCUCUUACAGGCCAGGCCGAAACAUGUGUCACUGGUUGCCCCGCAGGAUCAAGCAGUUAAUAGGUCACUACGUGCGAUUGGGUUACAACUUAUGGCUUCGUAGACUCGGCAAAAUGACCAGACGACUAGGUUGAAUUCCUGUGUGAUUGAUCGAGACCGAAGACUUUCUUGAAGUUGGCGGAAGAGUACAACAUCUGCUUCGGAGUAAAGGGGGGAUAUAGCAUUGAUUUAUAGCGAAACGUUCACCGGGAUACCGAUAUACCAAGAUAGUCCAAGUCAAUCAGUCCGAACGCAUAUGACAAGUACUCCACAGUAUGUAAAUUUUCUGGAAGAACUGCAUUCAGUAACGUUGCUUCGUUGGUCGCUGUUUCCUUUCAAAUUACUUAAUUGCUGGCCGAUACACAACCCGAAUCAUGCUGUGGUUUUGGUGUUUGGUAUCUUGACCUGCCAAAGACAACCUGAGGUACGAGGAAACAGACCCCGGAAGCAGUGUCAGCGAUGGCGGAUAAAGACAGAUGUCAGAAAGCUUCAAAAGGAUCUAAUUCGGCCGUCUCGG